UAGGCAUAUAUAAAAACCUUCCCGGGGAGGAGGGGAAAAGGCAUUUGGAUUGCUCCUUAUUCAGCACCAGCAUAAGGGAUAGCUCUCCACCAAACGGCCCUGCCGCCUGAUUCCCCCUGCGGUGGAAAGACACAAUUACACAGGGCACAAUGCAACCCGCAAUGAUGAUGUUCUCCAGCAAAUACUGGGCAAGACGGGGCCUUUCUCUGGACUCCGCUGUGCCCCUGGAGCAUCCACUACAUGGCAACCUGACUCAAAACAGAACCAAUUCUGGUAAAAAUGAUGACAAAAAGGGUAAUAAAGGUGCAGGCAAGUAUGAAUCAACGUCAGAAGGUGGCAAGACUGCGGUGGUGUUUUCUUUGAAAAAUGAAGUUGGUGGCUUGGUAAAAGCUCUCAGACUUUUCCAGGAAAAGCAUGUGAGUAUGGUUCAUAUUGAAUCAAGAAAAUCAAAGAGAAGGAGUUCAGAAGUGGAAAUCUUUGUGGAUUGUGACUGCAGCAAGAAACAAUUCAACGAGCUUAUUCAGUUGUUAAAGUAUGAAACAAACAUUGUCACUCUGAACCCUCCGGAAAACAUCUGGACUGAUGAGGAAGAGCUUGACUGUGUUCCUUGGUUCCCCAGGAAGAUUGCCGAAUUAGACAAAUGCUCCCAAAGAGUUUUAAUGUAUGGCUCUGAACUGGAUGCAGACCACCCUGGAUUUAAGGACAACGUCUAUCGGCAGAGAAGAAAAUAUUUUGUAGAUGUUGCCAUGAAUUAUAAAUAUGGCCAGCCAAUUCCUAGAUUGGACUAUACCCCAGAAGAAAUAAAAACAUGGGGCGUUGUGUUCAGGGAACUCACCAAACUCUACCCGACUCAUGCAUGUCGAGAGUACUUGAAAAACUUCCCUUUGCUGACAAAGCAUUGUGGCUACAGAGAGGAUAAUGUCCCUCAACUGGAGGAUGUUGCUGUGUUUCUUAAAGAAAGGUCUGGCUUUACAGUCAGACCGGUUGCUGGAUAUUUGUCACCUCGGGAUUUCUUAGCAGGCCUUGCUUAUCGGGUUUUCCACUGUACCCAGUACAUACGCCAUGGCUCUGACCCCCUCUACACUCCUGAACCCGAUACAUGCCAUGAACUCCUGGGACAUGUGCCUCUGCUUGCCGAUCCUAAAUUUGCCCAGUUUUCCCAAGAGAUUGGAUUGGCCUCCCUGGGAGCAUCUGACGAAGAUGUCCAAAAACUUGCCACUUGCUAUUUUUUUACCAUUGAAUUUGGCCUUUGCAAGCAAGAGGGACAAUUACGAGCUUAUGGAGCAGGUCUUCUAUCUUCCAUUGGAGAGCUCAAGCAUGCUCUGUCUGAUAAAGCUAAUGUGAAAACGUUUGAUCCAAAGACAACCUGCUUGCAAGAAUGCCUUAUCACAACUUUCCAGGAAGCUUACUUUGUCUCAGAAAGUUUUGAAGAAGCCAAAGAGAAGAUGAGGGACUUUGCAAAAUCGAUCAACCGCCCCUUUUCUGUGUAUUUCAAUCCCUAUACCCAGAGCAUAGAAAUUCUGAAAGAUACUAGAAGUAUCGAAAAUGUUGUCCAGGAUCUUCGCAGUGACUUGAACACAGUGUGUGAUGCUUUAAGCAAAAUGAACAGAUACUUGGGCAUAUGAUCCCAGCAUUAUGAUGAGAUGUGCUUACCUUCUUAGCAUACUGUCAAUUAUGUCUUUAUUGCAUGGCCAACAUACUUGUUUAGUUUGUCCAUUUAUCAACACAUUAGCUUCAGAUAUAUCGAUAAAAACAUGCAAAUUCACAAAUGGAACAUACUGACCUAAAUCCUAUUGCUAAUCUGAGCCAUCAUAGACCCAUUGAAUCAAUUGGAUUUACUACGUAUUGGUCCAAAACUCAACAAUUUAUUUAAUAAGCCUACUCAACCAGUUGGAUUCACUUUUAUGUUGCCACCUGCUUUCAAAAAGACCUUAGGAUAAUUCAUAAAACCAAUAAAACAUACACGUAUCAAUACAAACACAUAACUAAUACAAAAAAGUAUAAUCAAACAAUCAGCAAACUAACUAAACAAGUAUGAGAUGGGAAUGAUUACUUUAAAAUUGGCACAUCAUCUCCAAGGUUCUGGUUUUUUGUGCCAGCCAACUUGACCUCAAGUAUUGGAAGCACUUACUGCAGGGCUAAGUCUGAUCAUUUUAGCAUUUUGUAGAAAUCUAUGCAGAACAAGGUAUUCCAGGAAAUACAAUCUAGUCUUCAAAUGGUCAUAUCAGAACUUAAAAUUAUGUCUGGUAACAAACUGGAAGUUUGUGCAUUCUUUUCUGCACAUAUAUAAUGUGCCCUUUUGCCAUCAUUAAUAAAUUAGAAGCCAUAUUCUCAACCAGAUGUAAUUUCAGGAUGAGUUUUGAGGACAGUUAUAGCAUGCAUAUAGAAGGCCUAAUCUUUAGGAUAUCAUGUAAAACCAUGUCACUCAUCUUUAGCUCUGCACAGUUGACAAAACUGUAUGUGGCUAUAGUUGAAUUUCCAGGAACAGCUUGAAACAGGACCCCUUCUCAUUUUGUUCUUCCGAAAGAGUAGAACUUCCUAUUAAGAAGAUAAACCAGCAACUCUUUGAUACAAUCAACAAUUCACACAAGUUUAUAGACUGCUUAUUCAUGCUUAUUAAUUCCUUGAUUCAAGCUUAUUAAUUCUCGAGCUGAAUGCAAAGAACUUGCCAAAUACCACAGCAUCACCUCAACUACAAUGCUUUGCAAUUGAGUCAGUGAGUCAUCAAAUGUUGAGCAAUCAAGUGAUGUACAUUGAUGUAUAAGAUUACUCUGGUGUCAUUCGUAAACAUGAUAUAUAAAGAGUUUUACUGGG